ACAAUAGGGCAACCCUAUGUUCUGAAUUUCAUGCACAAGGAGAAUAAGUCACCUAGGUCUUGUCUCACCCUAACCAUCCUAUAAAAUUCUUCUGUAUCAUACCCUCUCCUCCAUAGCACAAAACUUUGAACCCUCUGUCGUAGUCGGAAUUUACAGAAACUCACCGGAAACUUUGAAAAUAUAUCUUGUGUACCCUAUUAAUAAGUUUGAAAGAAGGUGGUGGUAUCAAUCAGUUUGCACUUACAAUUUCAUUUGUUGUGGAGUUAUCGCGAAGAUUAAUGGAAAUGGCCAGGACGGUGACCUGCUAUGAGAGUGAUCUGAAUCUUAAGGCAACAGAGCUAAGAUUAGGGUUGCCAGGCACUGAUGAGCCCGGAAAACAACCGUCUGCUGGUAUUAAAAGCAACAAAAGAGCUUUUAAUACAGUUGCUCUGCAACCAGAUUCCGAAAAGGGUGACCAACACAGUUGCUCUGCAACCAAGGCACAAGUAGUAGGGUGGCCACCUGUCCAAUCCUACCGGAAAAAUGUUUUCCAACCGAAGAAGGUGGAGGCUGAAACUGCCGGAAUUUACGUGAAAGUGAGCAUGGAUGGAGCUCCUUAUCUUAGAAAGAUCGAUAUAAAGGUUUACAAAAGCUACCCAGAUCUCCUCAGCGCCUUGGAAGACAUGUUCAAGUGCACCAUAGGUGUAUACUCGGAGAGAGAAGGAUAUGAUGGAUCUGAAUAUGCACCAACUUAUGAAGACAAAGAUGGCGAUUGGAUGCUGGUCGGAGAUGUUCCAUGGGAGAUGUUUAUUUCCUCUUGCAAAAGGCUGAGAAUCAUGAAAGGUUCAGAAGCUAAAGGCUUGGGUUGUCUUUAGAAACCCUGAUUUCACACAGCUCAAGCUCAAUACAUACACCAGAUGGAUCAAGAAAACAUAGUCUUUCUCACAGGAAGAAAAUCUUUCAGCUUCGAGGUCCUCAAGAGCAAGAGUCCAAGACAAUCAGAUUUAGGGCUGGUUUUGGGCCUUUUUGAUAUUUUUGGUUUUGUAUCAACCCACACAAUUGGAUAGUACUGCAUAUAUAUCCUUCAGAUCUUUCUGUACAGAUGAAGUUUACUUAAUUUCUAGUUUCUACAUGUUUUCGGCUAGAUAGUGUUAUAU